AUGCUUCAUAAACGAAAGUAUCCCAGCAUGCUUCAUAAACGAAAGAAUCCCACAAUGUUUCAUAACGAACGUAUCCCAGCAUGCUCGAUAACUGAAAGUAUUCCAGCAUGCCUCAUAAUCGAACAUAUGCCAGCAUUCAUCACCACUGAACGUAUCUCGGUACGCAUCACCUCUGAAUAUAUACCGGCAUGCAUCACCACUGAAAAUAUGCCGGCAUGCAUCACCACUGAACAUAUCCUGGUACGCAUCACCACUGAACGUAUCCCAGCAUGCAUCACCACUGAACAUAUCCUGGUACGCAUCACCACUGAACGUAUCCCAGCAUGCAUCACCACUGAACGGAUACCAGCAUGCAUCACCACUGAACAUAUCCUGGUACGCAUCACCACUAAACGUAUCCCAGCAUGCAUCACCAGUGAACAUAUACCAGCAUGCAUCACCACUGAACGUAUCCCAGCAUGCAUCACCACUGAACAUAUCCCGGUACGCAUCACCACUGAACAUAUCCCAGCAUGCAUCACCACUGGAUAA